CUCCGGUUCGCUCGGUGGCGGAGGAGGCGUCAUCCUUUUCCCCUACAGGGCCGCGGGGACUGGAAGGCGGUAGCCGCAGCUGUCCACACCGGAGCAUCCGCUGUCCACACCGGAGCAUCCGCUGCCCACCAGCCGGGCACAGGCCAUCAGAGCCAAAUCCGAACUUGAAUUCUGUCUGAGCAGCUGAUUGCAGAGCUGUCUUGACGCCCUGAGGACUGGGAUCUGCAAACCCCACUGGACGGAGGUCAAGACUGGGAUCUGCAACCCCCCAGUGGACAGAGGUCGACCUACCCCGAAGGCGAGCUUUCUCAUGGAGGGCACCUGUUGCAGAGGCUGGAAGUGAAAUAAAGGCGUGCACUUGUUUCCGAGCUUAUGUUUUAUAAUCCGAAAAAUAAGGGGGGAAACUUUGAGAAGGGUGUGUGGUUAAGAUCUGAAACGUGAGUUUAACGGAUGUCUUUAAAAUUUUUUUAUUUGAGUAUAGUUGACACACAAUCACACGGAUAUCUUAUUUAUUAUCAUAAAUCUGUGAGAUUUAGACCAUUGCACUCUAUUUUGAGAGCCCAACAACAGCUCCACACACACUAUUUCACCUAGAAUUCAAAGCAGCAGUUGCCCUCCCUCCUGGAGGACUGGCCAGAGGGGAUGGAAAAGUACCCUGCUAGCAGGAAGAUACCCUUUAGCUCGAGAAAGUUGUAAUUGCCAGUCUCCUGCAGGGUAUUUUUAGGUCAGUGGGCAAAUAUAAAAUGUACUGCGGGGUGUUCAUUAAAGUGACGUGACUGCAGACCACUUCCCUGCAAUCUACUACAUUAUUGACCUUUCCCCCCCUUUUUCUUUACAGUCCCUAUUGAGAUACAAGGAAGGCAGAGCCUGGGAACAUUGGGGAUUCCUCCUACAGAUUAGGCUUUUCUAAAAAGCCUGAGCAUCUUGUUAUAUUCAGAUAGACAACCGUCAUCCGUCAUGGCUAGCAUCAUUGCACGUGUGGGUAAUAGCCGGCGGCAAAACACACCCUUGCCACCUUGGGCCCAUUCAACUUUGAGGUCCUUGGGGAGGAGUCUUGGUCCUUUAAGGGUCCACAUGGCAGAAAGAAAUGUGAAGCUCUUCUCCGGGAGAGUGGUGCCAGCCCAAGGGGAAGAAACCUUUGAAAACUGGCUGAUCCAAGUCAAUGGGGUCCUGCCCGAUUGGAACAUGUCUGAGGAGGAAAAGCUCAAGCGCUUGAUGAAAACCCUUAGGGGCCCAGCCCAGGAAGUCAUGCGUUUGCUCCAGGCCGCCAACCCCAAUCUAAGUGUGGCUGAUUUCCUACAGGCGAUGAAACUGGUGUUUGGGGAGUCAGAAAGCAGUGUCACCGCCCAUGGUAAAUUUUUUAACACUUUGCAGGCACAAGGGGAGAAAGCCUCCCUUUAUGUGAUCCGUUUAGAAGUGCAGCUCCAAAAUACUAUUCAGGCAGGGAUCAUAGGUCAGAAAGAUGCAAACCAGACUCACCUGCACCAGCUCCUUUUAGGAGCUGAGCUAAAUAGGGACCUGCACUUUAGGCUGAAACAUCUUCUCAGGAUGUAUGCAAAUGAUCAGGAGCAUCUUCCUAAUUUCUUGGAGUUAAUCAAGAUGAUAAGGGAAGAAGAGGAUUGGAAUGACACUUUUAUGAAACCGAAACAGCCCAAAAGGUCUGAGCUAAUCUUAGAGAGGGCAGCAAGCCCUGUAGCAUUUCAGGGCCCCCAGCCAAUAGCAACCAGCAGCACCAACUGCAACGUGAUAGAGGUAGAUGAUACCCUUGAUGACUCAGAUGAGGAUGUGAUCCUGGUGGAGUCUCAGGACCCUCUACUUACAUCCGUCGAUGCCCCGCCCCUCAGAGGCAGGGCCAGACCUCUCGAUCCAAUACUGGUCACUGAUUCCUCCAACAGUUCCCGGGCUCAAUCUCCCACCAGUGAGGGUUCUGGGUAUAAGAAUAAUGGUCCUGGGGAUACGCGUAGAGCCAGGAAGCGAAACUACACAAUCUUCUGUUCUUAUUGUGGUGAGGAGGGCCACUCAAAGGAAACCUGUAAGAGUGAGAGCAACAAGGCCCAGGUGAUAGAGAAUCUGAUCAUCACCCUGCAGAAGCUGACACAUAUAGAGGAGAGGUCAAAAGAGAUUCCUGGUGAACACAAUGACCUCUCUGGGCCUCUAGUAAGGUGCUAGAAUGAGCCCUAAGUGAACCCUUAACUGUAUUCAGAUGGGAAAAAGAGCAGGGGUGGGAGUAGAUUUCUAUCUGCAUUAAUUAAUCCACAAAGUGGCUUUAUUGUGGGCAGAAGAGGUCUUGGAUAUCACCAAAGUGGAGGGGAUAGCCUGAACUCUGUCCCUGCUCCCUCCUCUGUCUGCCUAAGGGUCUAUUCUGUGUGUGUGUCUGAUUCCUUGAUGACUAUUCUUUUUAUGAAAGGAGUAGAACUCUGUUAAACCUUCACAAAAUGAAGGAAAAUACAAAUUACCCAAAACUCUUCAUCCUUAUAUAAACAUUGUCAGUCCUUUGAUGAAUGCCCUUCUAGGUAUUUCCCUGUAACUGUGUACCCAGAUAGAUAUAUGUAUAGAAAAGUGAACAAAUAAAAGUGCUGUUCUAUA